UUAGAAACACAAGACGUGUCUACUUUCUACUUAUUCUUAGUAACCCAAGACAUGUCUACUUCCUACUUAUUCUUAGUAACACAAGACUUGUUUACUUCCUACUUAUUCUUAGUAACACAAGACUUGUUUACUUCCUACUUAUUCUUAGUAACACAAGACUUGUCUACUUCCUACUUAUUCUUAGUAACACAAGUCUUGUCUACUUCCAACUUAUUCUUAGUAACACAAGACUUGUCUAUUUCCUACUUAUUCUUAGUAACACAAAACUUGUCUAUUUCCCACCUAUCCUCAGUAACACAAGUCUUGUCUACUUCCUACUUAUUCUUAGUAACACAAGACUUGUCUACUUCCUACUUAUUCUUAGUAACACAAGUCUUGUCUACUUCCUACGUAUUCUUAGUAACACAAGACUUGUCUACUUCCUACUUAUUCUUAGUAACACAAGACUUGUCUAUUUCCCACCUAUCCUCAGUAACACAAGUCUUGUCUACUCCCUACUUAUUCUUAGUAACACAAGACUUGUCUAUUUCCUACUUAUUCUUAGUAACACGAUACUAG